CAACCUAACCAUUGCGAAACGUAUAUUCUAAUAAAUAAGCCACACUGAGCAAAUAAACUAUUGUAUUUGCGUUGACCAAAUUCGAAACACACGUUAACCUCCAUACUAAAACUCUAGGAUUGGUGAGCGGGAAAAAACGCCACCUCCCGGAGAAAAAAUAUUUUGGGAGAAGUUAACCUUAUCCCUCUCGCUUCGCCUCUUUCUCUCUUGACUGUUCGGUGUUUUGUGCGCCACAGCACUGCAAACUUGACGGACGUAGGCUUCAUUGGGACUGUGGACCGAUAUCAUAGCCUACCUUAUUGUUGGAGUCGUGGGAAAUUCAUAACACUUUGGAGAUGAAGUAGUCAGAUUAAAAAACGAUUUUAGCAAUAUCGUAUUCUGUAAAAGGACUGUAUCCUUUGUCCUUUAAAAGCGGUUGUGUAUUUAGACUAAUCCUGCUCUGUUCGGAACUCAAUUUUGAAAUUCAACUUUCUCUUAUUCAAUUUCCCAGUCUGGACUACCAGCAAUCAAGGUUGAUUUGUGGAUUAUCUGGACCAGAACUCACCGUAGCUGUUUGAAGGACCACAAUGGCUGGGUACUCUAGAGACCUGGUUCAAACCUUGCCUUGACAACACAGUUUACAAUUAAAUGUGAGAAAGACACAACCAUCACAUAACUCUCAGCACCAAUCAGGUGUUUCUGGUCUUGUUGCGUAUUAAAUCAGACUUCAUCAGACAUCACCAUGCCUAUUCUCAAGCAGCUAACCUCGAACCAGUCCAAGCGUCGCUCCCGGGCCGACCUGACUGCGGAGAUGAUCAGCGCCCCUCUGGGGGACUUCAGACACACCAUGCAUGUGGGUCGUGGCGGGGACGCCUUCGGGGACACCUCUUUCCUAAGUACCCGGUCUGGGGAGCCCCCUAAAGAACAGGUUCCAGAGGUCCAGCAGAGCUCCCCUGGACACAAACCAGGCCUGCUGUCCCGAACCUUCAGGAGCAGCAAGCGCUCCCAGUCGGUGAACCGCGGUGACAUGUACAAGAACAACUCGUUGGCGCCCCCCGGUGGCUCGCCAAACUUUGUGAAGAACGCCAUCUCCCUGCCCUACCUCAAUGACGAGGACGUGGUCAGGAUGGGCGGUGGUCAGCAGAUGCCCAAGAGCGUCUCCUCCAGCCCUCUGAAGAAGCUGCCCGAGGUCGAUGGAAUCAGCAAACCAGUCAACGGUGCCUCGGCCAUGGCGAUGCUGGAUCUGGAGUUUGACGAGCGUAACUUUGGAGAACUGACUGACCUGCCCCCAUCACAUCAUCGGGGUGGUGGGAUGAAGCACGCGGAGUCCAUCAUGUCAUUUCACAUUGACCUGGGACCCUCCAUGCUGGGGGACAUCCUCAGCGUCAUGGAAAAGAAGGGCUGGGAGGAAGACGACCUGGGGUACGAGGAGGGGAAGGGCAGUGAGGGCCGCGGGUCACCCCCCUUUAGCCCUCCCACCACGGAGGAUGAGAUCGAGGACCAGGUGGAUCUACAGGCUCCAGUCAGGCCCCCACGCACCUAUCCUCAGCCGAAGGUCAUGGCCGACCCCCUCUACACCCCUCGCAGGAACUACCACAGCCACCUGGACAGCUGUUCCGUGUCCUCCUCCGGCUCUGCCGCUCUUGAGGAGAAACCACUCCACCACCUGCAGGAGGGGGACACGGACAGCGCCAAGUACAGCUCUCGGGGGGCUGGAGGGGAGGACGAUAAAGACUUCUCCUUCAUGGACGAGGAUGAUGAUGAGAUCAGGGUGUAAAACAGAACAGCGCUGUAAUGUCACCACCACAGAACGUGGUUAAUAAGGACACCAGAAUGUGGUUUGUGAGGUCCCCGAAGGAGACAAUUCUUUUUCAUGAGUUUAAUGCUAUAAUAAGUCUGGGAGGGGUUGGGAGCACGAUAAAGACUGGAAAAAUCCCCACAUAUGGAUCUAUCCUGAGAACUUCUAUAUGGGGACAUCCUGUUCUGCUAUACCUCCUGGAUCAGGAAUACCCAUACACCAUCUGUUAUUUAGCCUUAUUUACUCCUGUGUGUGUGUGUGUGUGUCCAACUGUUAAUGGAAACGAAAAUGCCUGUCCCAUGAGUCCAUUCCUCCAGCCCAUUACAGAAUUCCGUGUCGACCACUAACUCUCUCACACACACACACACACACACACACACACACACACACACACACACACACUGUAACUCUGAGACACCAGUUAUUGGUUUGAGGGAUUCUUUUUUGUAGAACUGUGAUCUGUCAUUAUGAUGAUCUAAUCCCACAGUUCCAAUAUGUCAUUAAAGUGUGUUUCUCCUUAUAAGGGGAUCAACCCUUAUAUCCACUCAUAUUCAACAUGAACCAUAUCCCACCCACGCCACCAUUGUCUUUCCAUUCAGAGGAUUUCCCUUCAUGGUUACCAUAGCUACAGUCCUGUUUACAGUACUAGCAUAUUCCUUAUUGCACAUUAUUAGGUAAGGGAAAACCAACCAGCGGUCAUGACACUGAUUGUCACAUUCUUUUAAAGCGGACAUAUGGAGAUUGACAGAGGUCACAGAGGUCGAAGCAUGAACUGUUGAUCACCCAGGUUUAGGUGUAAUGCGUGGGGUGUAGAGUCAUGUGAGGUCACGGCCUGAACUGUAUAUUUCCCAUACUGCUUUGGAGAAAGGAAGUUAAAUGUAUCCCAGCAUUCUUUGGGGCAUUGACUGGAUUGUAUGUGUAUGUGUGUGUUGAGUGAGGUGAGCUGCAGUUAAAAUAUUGGUUUUGUUAAUGUUCAAAGGGUAAAUAAAGGUGGCUUCUCCUAUGUUUACUACAUACAGAAUUGAUAAGUUGGUCUUCAGGUUCUUAAUCAAUGGCACAACUUGGUUGUUCAUUAUUCCAACCAUUAGUCUGCUUUAUUGUACUCUUCACUAGACAUACUCUAUACAGCCAACACACUCUGAAGUCCUAAAUGAUCAGUUAGCUUGUUUCGUUUGUUACCUAAUAACUUCUUCUAAUAAGGGGUCGAUCAUAUUGUGCACUGUUUUAAGUCACCGUGUUGAUUGGAGGAAUUUAGUUAAAGGUUGGAUUUUGGUGAUCUUUAGUUGUUCUAAAGCCUAACAAACUAGCCUACUCAGUGAGCCAGCUUAAGCCUUAGCUUUGGAGUUGAUUAGGCUAGGUUUGGGUUUGGCCGUGAGUCCAUGGCACUUUAGCUUAGAUCAAUGGACUCAGUCAUAUAUCCCCUGCAAGUACUGCCAAGGUGUAGCAACAGCUCACUCCCUAAAACACUAACUAUUGUACACAACAAAUCUUUGUUUUGUUUCCAUGUAAAUGUUUUAAAUUAACUUGACUUAUUAUUAAAAGCAAAAAAA